AUGAAGUGCGGUUUGUUACUCCUAGCCAUCCUGGCUCUGGGCGCUGCAGUUCCCCAUCCGUCAAAACAGCAAGCUGCUGACCAAACCCUCUUGAAGAAAAAUCUGCAAAUUAUUCAACUUUUGGAAAACAUCGCUGGAGAAAUCCCAAAUACUCAGCUAUUGAGCAUCAGUCAAACCUAUGACAUUGAAUCCAACCUUCACGCCUACGAUAACCCCAGUCUGGUGAAACUUGCCGCCACGGCUGUCAAGACCGGAAAUGUCCAGCCCAAGCGUACUGCAUUUACCAUUACGGUCAGCGGACUUCGACAGGAAGGUGUUAUCCUUACAAGAAUUUUGCUUGGUGCUAAGAACUGGGAAACUUUCCUUAACACUGCUGCCUGGGCUCGUGUUCACUUGAACGAAUGUCAAUUCAUCGUGGCUAUGAUAUCUGCUGUUCUUCAACGUACGGACACCCAGGGAAUCAUUCUCCCACCUAUAUAUGAAAUCAUACCCCAAAGCUUCUUCGAUGCUAGAGUGAUUCAAGAAGUAAAUGAUAUUAAGCAAAGAGGAAUUACAAAUCUGAGCGGUAAUAAGGACAUCCUAAUCCCAAUCAACUUCACAUCUCACUUGCCAACUGAUGAACAAAAAAUCGCCUAUUUCACUGAAGAUAUUGGUCUCAACUCCUGGUACACGUGGAUAGAAGAAGCUGGAUCAAUGACGCUUGAAAGCGACACACUCCAAAAACGACAAGGAUCAGUAAGUCAUGGUUAUGUAUCCGAAACCGAAACAACGAGCGGCCAUGGAGCUCAAUGGAUCUAUCUUCAGCAACAGUUUCUAGCUCGCUACAACCUCGAACGUCUCGGAAACGGCCUUGGACCCAUCCCAGAAUUGAACCUGGAACUAUUCGAUAUUCCUUUAAAAACUCACCUCAGCUACCUGAAUGGUUUGGAAAUCCCUGGUCGCCCUGAAAGCCCUGUUGACGUUACUGCCAUGCGUCCAGAAUUGACCAAAUUGGUCCGUAAAUUGGAGAAGAGAAUUAUUGACGCUAUCGAAGUUGGAUACAUUAUUACACCCAAAGCUUCCUUGUUGUCCUUGUAUCAGCCCCAAGGCUUGAACAUGCUUGGUAACAUGAUCGAGGGAUCCGGCAGAAGUAUCAACCCCAGAUACUAUGGCAGCCUUCUCCGAGCAUCUAAGGUACUUCUUGGCGGAACGCCUGAAUAUAGCAGCAUCUGGAAAUACACUCCAUCUGCUUUAGAACUUAGCUGCACGGCUGCUCGUGACCCAGCGUUAUACGUUCUCUUGAAACGGAUCAACAAACUGGUCCUGAUAUACCAGGAAUCUCUCCCAACCUACCAAUACAACGACAUCGUUCUACCAGGUGUUCAAAUCCAGAAAGUUGAUUGCACCCAGCUGGUGACCUACUUUCAGGACUAUAUUGUGAACCUUGACAACAUUGGAACACAACAUCAACAGCAAUCUCAACAGCAUCAAGGAAAAAUUAACAUCAAGGGUUUGCUGAAGAGACUUGACCACAAACCAUACGAUAUUGAGAUUAUUGUUCAGAGUCAGAAGUCUAUUUCUAACGCUGUUGUUCGUGUUUACCUUGGACCCAAAUUCGACCAUAAAGGACUUCCAAUUGAUGUCAACACCAAAAGAAUGGACUUUGUCGAAUUGGACCAAUGGGUCAUUGACCUCGAUGCUGGGCGGAAUGUCAUCACCAGAAACUCUCAACUUUCAUCCGUCCAGGGCAUGGACCAUCCAUCUGUCGACCAAAUCUUAGCUAAGGUUGAAGAAGCAAUGCAGUCUCAGAACCCGUUCUUUGUCACGCAGUCGCAAGAACUAUUUAGCUUCCCAGCCAGGCUAUCCCUACCCAAGGGUACGUACAGUGGAUUCCCUCUGCAGCUCUUGGUUGUCAUCUCUGCUGGACAACAGCCUAUUCACUACGGACCAGUCAUUCCAGAUGAUGUCAACUCCUUCCACAGCAACCAAUACCAAACUGUGACCACUGGAUUUGUUGGCGUUGAUGUUGUUCCUGAAUUGGAAGUAAUGGGAACUGGAAUCAACGAAGGUAAAUGGAAGUGGAACGACCUCUACAACAAAUUCCAGUGCUACUACUCGCAGCCUCAGUGGUUCCACCUUAAAAAAUCACAAAAUGUUGGACAAGGUGUAGGUUUUGGUGGAGGCUACGGACAUGGAAUUGGUGGACAAGGAAGUGUCGGUGGACUAGGACCCGUUAGGGGGCAAGGAAUCGGUGGACGAGGAUUGGUUAGUGGACGUGGAAUUGGUAAACAAGGAAUUGAUGAAGGAGUACGCGGAUCAGGUUUACGUGGUUUAAGCGGAGUUCAUCAACAAUGGACUGGUGGAGUAUAUGGAGGAGCUGAAACGGGAGUCUUGAACGAAGAAUUUGGUCAAAUGUUGCCAGGUGAAAUACAGCUAAUACCAGGAGUACAAGGAGGAGUUGGCAGCGGAGUUUCUGGUGGAUUCGGAGGAAUCCUAGGUGGAGUUGUUUCCUCCGCGGACAGAAAGAGUGCAACCAUCGUCCAACAGUAUUACCAAAAACUUCCUAUUUCCCAAGUAAUUAGAGGUGCCAUUUCUCUCGAUGGAAAGCCUUUGGGAUGGCCUUUGGACAGACCUUUGCGACCUAGUGUUUGGAGUGUACCAAACAUGGCUUGCCAAGACGUUCUCAUCUUCCACGAGGAUCUUCCAGUCACACACGUUGUUGGAGUAAAAUAA